AAUAUCUUGGUAUCAAUGGGAGACUUACUAGUGAUGCAAGUCUUUGUGAAGACUCUCACUGGAAAAACCAUUACUCUUGAAGUUGAACCAUCUGACACCGUUGAAAACUUGAAACGAAAAAUUCAGGACAAGGAAGGAAUUCCUCCUCAUCAACAACGUUUAAUUUUUGCUGGCAAGCAAUUGGAGGAUGGCCGCACCUUAUCAGAUUACAACAUCCAUAAAGAAUCAACCCUGCACUUGGUUCUUCGCCUCCGAGGUGGUUUCUGAAGAGCCCACCUCAAACUUCAGAGCACCAGCAUACAUUUUUAAUGUGUAGCUGUUAAAUAAGA